GCGAAAACAACUAUAGUAAAUAAAAAAAAACAAAAACUAAAAAAACACAAACGAAUCGCACAAAAAACGUUGCCAAAGGAUAUACAUUUACAAAGCGAGUCAAGAUGAUUACGCUGGCGGAGCUAAAGAAACUGAGACUGAUCCAUCUAUGCAUUGCCAUCACGUUCUUUACGAGCGGUUUGACCGUCAAUUUUGCCCAACUGCUGCUGCACAUCUUCCUCAAGCCAUUCAACAAGGUCCUAUUCCGCAAAUUAAUGUACUACCUAUGCUACUCCUUCUACUGCCAACUUGUUUUUGUUGCCGAUUGGUAUGCGGGCUGCAAGAUGCGUGUCUAUAUGGAUGCGGAGGAUGAGAAGAAAUAUGCCGGCAAGGAGCAUGUGCUGCUUCUGAUGAAUCACAAAUAUGAAAUUGAUUGGUUGGCUGGCUGGAUGAUUUGCGAUAAGCUGGGCGUUCUCGGCAAUUGCAAGGCGUAUGCGAAAAAGGCAAUCAGAUAUGUGCCAUGCAUGGGCUGGGCCUGGUGGCUAGCCGAGUUUGUGUUCCUCAAUCGUGACUUCGAUAAGGAUAAGGAGAUUAUUGCCAAGCAGCUAAAGGUCGUCUACUCAUAUCCCGAUCCAACGUGGCUGCUGCUUAAUGCGGAGGGCACCCGUUUCACGCCAGCGAAACACGAGGCAUCCGUUAAGUUUGCCCAGGAGCGGGGCAUGACACCACUCAAGCAUCAUUUGAUACCACGCUCUAAGGGAUUCACCGCCAGCAUACCCACAGUGCGUGGCAUCUGUCCAGUCAUCUAUGACAUCAACCUGGCAUUUAAAAGCGACGAAAAGGUACCUCCCACAAUGUUAUCGCUGCUGAAUGGCAAAGGCGUUGAGCCUUAUAUGCUGAUGCGACGCAUUCCCAUCGAGCAGGUGCCGGAGGGCGAUAAGGAGGCGGCGGAGUGGCUGCAACAGUUGUUCGUUGAGAAGGAUCGCAUAAUCGAUAGCUUCUAUGAGACGGGCAGUUUCUUUAAGAACUCGGGCAUCAAGGAGGUGCCGUACAAAAUCUAUGAACCACGUCUCAGCAGUCUGCUCAACUUUGCGGGCUGGGCGACAUAUUCGCUGUCGUGCAUCUUCUAUUACCUGAUCACAUCGCUGCUGGCGGGCAAUUGGUUUGGCCUGAUAACAGCCUUGUGCAUCCUUGGUUUCUUCUAUUGGCUAAUGGGUGCCGCAAUAAAUAGUACAAGGAUCAGUAAAGCAUCGAAUUAUGGAGCGAAAGCAAAAGCGAGCACAAAUUAAAUUUUUGGAUGAUAUAUAAUAUAUUUAUAUAAAUAUAUAUAUAUAUAUAUAUAUAUUCGUUGUUUGUUAACGAAACUCCUUUAGUCAAUGAGCCAAGCUGAUAAUCUCACAAUUAUUAUACAUCUAUACUUAUAUAUACAAAUAACUUUUAAUUUAGGAUGCUGCCUGAUUGUUUUUAUCAGCUGUCCUUUUCUCCAAGUUUUUUGCUACAAAUUGAUUUUAUGCUUUUGUUUCACUUUUUCGGCUAUAAGAUGGGAUUAUGUUAUCGGUUUGGUCAGUUUACAUUUAAAUAAAUUAAUAGGACCGCACACUAGACACUACAAAACGUUAAAAUGUAUAAUAAAUAUGCAAUAAAUAUUUAAAAGUUAAA